AUGGCUAGAACUUUUUUCGUCGGAGGUAACUUCAAGAUGAACGGCUCGAAGGAGUCCAUCAAGACUAUCGUGGAGAACCUCAACUCCAGCAAGCUCCCUGCAAACGUCGAGGUGGUGCUCUGUCCACCAGCCCCUUACUUGGCGUACACCGCAGAGCUCAACAAGCAGAAGACGGUCCAGGUGGGUGCGCAGAACAGCUACACCAAGGAGUCCGGGGCGUACACGGGAGAGAUCUCGCCUGUCGAGGUGAAGGACUGUGGCGCGGAGUGGGUCAUUCUCGGACACAGCGAGCGCAGAGGCAUCUUCCACGAGUCGGACGAGUUUGUCGCCGACAAGGUGGCGUUUGCCAUCGAGAAGGGCCUCAAGGUGAUUCUCUGCAUCGGCGAGUCCAUCGACGAGAAGAAGGCCGGCAGCACCCUCGACGUGUGCGAGAGAGAGCUUGCCGCAGUGGUCAAGGCGGUGAAGAAGGACGACUGGCAGCACAUUGUCGUUGCGUACGAGCCGAUCUGGGCAAUCGGCACCGGCUUGGCGGCCACAGCCGCCGACGCGCAGGACAUCCACAGCAAGAUCAGAGACUACCUCAAGUCCGAGCUCGGCGAGCUCGCCGACUCCGUCCGGAUCUUGUACGGCGGCAGCGCCAACGGCAAGAACGCCCCCGACUUCAGAGACAAGCCCGACGUCGACGGCUUCCUCGUCGGCGGCGCCUCCUUGAAGCCCGAGUUUGUCUCCAUCAUCACCUCCAGAGAGUAG